GGGUGAUUUUUAAUGAAGCACUUCCCCUUCGUUUGGCGCAAGUUCCCUUCCUUCAUCCUUCCUCUGCUCCAUGAUUUGGCAAGAGCAAAGGCUUCUAGAUAACCGACGGCCAGAACGACUACAUGCCGUCAGCACCCGAAUCAAAGUGACUGUUCGGUUUAUGUCCGCCCUCUUCGUCUCAUGGAACAAUUGCAUUGGUUACAUCACAAGAAUCAGUGAAGUCCCAGAUAGACCAUCUCUCAGGCAUUUCAUCAAACACUCUGCGUGCAUUUCCCAUAGACCCAUCUAGCUAAACACCUGUCAAAUGUAAUUAUUGCCCAAAAGGUGUUUGAUGAAAUGUCUAAGUGAGGAUUUGAGUGUUGUUGUAAAAUGUGUUGUUUUCACUCUACCUCCGGAGUGAUGCAUGUGAUCGGAAGUUGGACUUUACGUAACAAGAAAGGAAAACGGAGGCAAAUGGGUUCCCACUGUUUGCCAAAAUGGAACAGAGAAGGGAUGCGACGGAGAAAACAAAGGGGAACAUGGCGUCAAAAGAAGGGGAAAGUCAUUUGCAAGGCGGCAUGUGGGUGAGUCAAUGCCCGGAAUUCUAAGUCAACGACAUGAAUCCGGCCAAAGGUAUGAGGAAAAGGCCAAUCAUGGCGGAAUGUUAUAAGAAUAUACUUAUCAUAGGCCUUCUGUUCUUGGUCACGGUGCAUUGUAAGGAGGAGAAAAAGAUUGCAGAUUAUGAUGUUAAGUUUGAUUCACGGUCCUUGAUUAUCCAUGGCCAUAGAGAGCUCCUCUACUCUGGCUCAGUCCAUUAUCCUCGUGUUCCCGUUGAGGAAUGGGAGGAUGUUCUUGACAAAUGCAAGGAAGGAGGCUUGAAUGUGAUCCAAACUUACAUCUUUUGGAAUGUGCACGAGCCUGUGAAGGGCAAGUUCAAUUUCACAGGCCAAAACGAUGUUGUGAGAUUCCUUAACUUGGUUGCUAAGAGAGGCAUGUGGGCAACCCUUCGUGUUGGGCCAUUCGUUCAAGGUGAAUGGAACAACGGAGGAUACCCAUUCUGGUUAAGAGAGGAGCCUAACAUCACAUAUCGAACUGAUAAUCAAAUAUUCAAGAAAAAUACAGAAAAAUGGGUCACCAAGGUUGUAUCAUUGAUGAAGGAAAACAAGUUAUAUGCCUCACAGGGAGGUCCUAUCAUAUUGUCUCAGAUUGAGAAUGAGUAUGAUCACGUUAGAGGAGCCUUUAGAGACGGUGCUGCAGAGAGGUACAUUAACUGGGCAGGAAACAUGGCUCUUGGUCAGAAAACUGGUGUUCCAUGGAUCAUGUGUGAGCAAAAAGAUGCCCCUGGAGAAGUGAUCAAUGCUUGCAAUGGUAGACAUUGUGGAGAAACAUUUGAAGGUCCAAAUGCACCUUACAAACCGUCUUUGUGGACUGAGAACUGGACUGCUCAGUUCAGAGUUUUCGGAGAUGUACCUUCCCAGAGGUCUGCUGAGGAUACCGCCUUUGCUGUGGCACGCUGGUUCUCCAAAAAUGGAAGUCAUUCUAACUAUUACAUGUACCACGGUGGCACAAACCUUGGUAGAACUGCUGCCGCCUUUACUACCACUCGCUACUACGAUGAAGCUCCAAUAGAUGAGUUUGGUUUAAUAAGGGAACCAAAAUGGGGACACUUGAAGGAUCUACACCGUGCUAUAGCGCUAAGCCAGAAGGCUAUUUUUAAUGGUAGAUAUGGUGUUGAGAUAAUCAGUCCAGAUUUGGAGGUGCGCUACUACGAGAAGAACAACCUUUGCGCAGCUUUCUUGUGGAACAACUGCACUCAUGUGUCAAAAACUUUGAAAUUCAGAGGCAAAGAGCACACCCUUCCACCAAAGUCCAUCAGCAUCUUACCUGAUUGCAAGACUGUUGUGUUCAAUACAGACUCUAUGGUCACACAACAUAGUUCAAGGGAGUUUGUUAAAUCCGAGAAAGCUAACAAGAACCUGAGAUGGGAGAAGACCAAUGACAACAUCCCAUCUAACUCUGAUGUCUAUUCGAGGAUGCCAAUGGAGCAGUUCCAUACUGCAGGGGACAAAACCGACUAUAUGUGGUACAGAACUAGUGUCGAAUUGGACAGCGUUGAUUUGCCUUUCAGAAAGUCCCUCCAACCAGUUUUACAGCUGUACCAUCUUGGUCAUUCCUUGCAAGCCUUUGUCAAUGGAAAAUAUAUAGGAUCGAGCCACGGAUUCCAUAGAGCUCCUGCCUUCUCAUUCCAAGCACCUGUAAAUUUGAAGGAAGGUGUUAACAAUAUAACAAUUUUGAGCAACACAAUGGGAAUGCCGGAUAGUGGAAGCUAUAUGGAGAGAAGAUGGGCAGGGCUAAAAUUUCUUGAAAUCCAAGGUUUAGGUACAGGAGAACUUGAUCUUUCUUCCAACGGGUGGCAUCACACGAUUGGCUUGGAAGGAGAGAAGCUUCAGUACUUCACAGAGGAAGGUGCUAACAAGGCCAAAUGGACACCGGCAAAGGGAGCUGGUGAAGUACUUACUUGGUACAAGGCAUAUUUUGAUGCUCCGGAGGGAGAUGAUCCAGUAGCUAUCAGAAUGGAGAACAUGACCAAAGGAGUGAUGUGGGUCAAUGGACGUGGCAUAGGACGUUACUGGUCGACUUUCCUGACAAUAAGGAACGUGCCUUCUCAAAGCGAGUACCGCAUUCCAAGAUCAUACCUUAAACCUAAGGACAACUUGUUGGUGAUCUUUGACGAAGCAGGAGGGGAUAUAGAUACAGUUCAGAUUGAGACGGCGAACAGAGAUGUGAUUUGUAGCUAUAUAUCAGAAGACAUGCCUCCCAGUGUAACAUCGUGGAAAAGGGAUGCCCAUGACAUCCUUGCUGUGGUUGAUGACCUUAAAGUGAAGGCAUCACUCAAAUGCCCUAAAAAUAAGGUCAUCAGCCAUGUCGAUUUCGCUAGCUUUGGCAACCCCUAUGGUGUUUGUGGCUUCUUUAUCCUUGGCACUUGCAAUUCUCCCAACUCCCAAAAGAUUGUUGAGCAGAAAUGUUUGGGAAAAGAUAGCUGCACGAUUCCAGUUGAUAAAGGUCUAUUUGAUAACGGAAAAGACAAUUGUCCUAAAGAAUCAGCCAAAGUCUUGGCCGUACAAGUGAGGUGCAGUCCCAAGGGUUAAUACUUAGAAGCCCCUUUCUUCCUCCCCUUUUUUUUUGUUUCUAAAAUGUCUCUUUAUGUUUAUUAUAAAUAGUACACCUUAAGUAGGUUAGCGCGUUUCUUGAUAUGGAUCGGAAAAUAUAUUACUCAUCGCGUAGCAAGAUGAGAUAAUUUAAAUGGUUCAAAUUACGUAUGUACAAUUUUUUUUUUUUCCCGAUAUGUUGUUAUUCUGAUGGACCCUGAAUUAUACUAAUAUUAUUACUUUAAUUGA